AUGUCUGAAAGUGGUCUGGGUGCCGACGACGAACUGGUGAAGCUCGUGCUAGAAGGUCGACUCGAUGUCGACGCUGGCGAUGUGGACGCUGGCGAUGUGGACGUUGGCGUCGUGCUAGCCGAUGGUGCGGGACUCGCACUGGUGCUCGUGCUGAGGGGCCGACUGGACAACGACAAGCUGGGCGCUGACGUUCCCGUUGAGGAUGCUGUACUAGUAGUCGUGCUCAAGCUUGGGCUGGCGGUUAGUGACGAAAUGGAAGUGGUGGAACUUGAAGACGCACUCGAUGUUGGGCUGGAUGAUGUAGCGAUAGCUGGCGAUACUGCACUCGUGCUACCACUUGUGCUUGGUGGUAGUGACGAUGUCGUAGGGGUACUUGAAGACGGACUCGGUGCUGGCGACACUGUAGUCAUACUACUGCUUGAGCUUGGAAGUAAUGAUGAAGUGGAUGUACCUAAAGACACACUUGGGGUUGACGUGGUGCUACUUGAUAGCGCAAUACCUGUGCUGCCCACUAAGCUAGUACUAGAUGAUGUCGAGCUGGAAGGCGAGCUAGGUAACGAACUAAUAGGCGAGCUGAACGACGUGCUCGGAGCAGAGCUGGGAGGUGAGCUUGACGACGUGCUCGGAGCAGAGCUGAGAGGUGAGCUUGACGACGUGCUCGGAGAAGAGCUAGGAGAUAAGCUUGACGAGCUGGGGGGUGAGCUUGACGACGGGCCAAGUAACGAGCUUGGGGGCGAGCUUAACAACGGGCUAGGUGACGAGCUAGGUGACGAGCUUGACGACAAGCUUGGAGAAGAGCUGGGUGACGAGCUGGGCAAUGAGCUGGGUGACGACGAGCUGGGUAAUGACGAGCCGGGGGACGGGCUUGGUGACGAGCUGGGGGAGGAGCUUGAAGUCGGAAUGGAAAUUGGCAUUGAAGUCGGAGAUGAAACCGACGAUGACGUUAAGCUAAUGGUGCUGGAGUCCGCGGACGAGAUUGAGGAUGAUGUCGCGCCGACGGACGAACUUGCGGGCAACACCAAGCUAGACGUACUCGACCCCGUGUAUGAUAUCUGGCUAGCUGCAGUAGAUGAAAAUGGGUUUGAUGUGUUCGAGACUGUUGACGGAGUCGUACUUGUACUGGACGUGCUAGGGGAUGAGCUGGAAGAUAUAUCAGACGGAGUCGACAAUGUUGAAGAUUCUCGGCCGACCUCCGUGGACGAAGUCAAGCUAGAUGUGUCUGGCACUAUUGACGAUCCAAGGCUGUUUUCCGUAGAUGAGGUAGAGCUAGAUACGCUUGGGACUAUCGACGUUUCCUGGCUGCUUACAGCAAUGGAUGCCGAGCUAGGCGUGCCCGAGACCGUCGAUGAUGACUGGUUGUUAUCAGUAGACGAGCUUGGCGCUGCUGACGAUACCUGA